AUGGAGACGAGGGAUGUGGUGGAUGCUCUUGAGAUGGCGGCCAAGGACAACAAGGUCAGGGGCGUCUUGGGCAGGUUCAGCUACCGCAGCUGGGGAGGAGGAUACUUGGCUUGCGUUCAAGAGGUCCGCGAUGCCGUCACUCGCUUUCGCGAGGCCGGCAGUGAUGCUUCUGCUACCGCUGGUGAAGGAGCAGAGGCGGACGGGCGGCAGCGGAAGAGGUUUACUAUCGCGGUAGCAGAUACCUUCGGGGAAGGCGGUCCGGCCGUUGGCGAGUACUUCUUGGCCUCCGCAUUCGAGAAGGUUCUGGUGCAAAAGACUGGCUACGUGGGUCUUACCGGGAGCGGUGGCCAAAAGCUGUUUUUCAGGGGAUUCUUGGACAAGUACGGCAUUAAGCCCGAGGUCUUCGCUCGCGAGGAGUACAAGAGCGCCGCGGAGAGUCUGGUCAGGAAGGCGUAUAGCCCGCACGAGCGAGAAGCGAUGACGUCCCUUCUCACGUCCAUGCUCGACGACGUUGCGGACGGCGUCGCGGCGUCCCGGGGUUUCAAGGACCGGAAGGAUGUGUACGCCAUCAUGCACGACUGUCCCCUCCCGGCGACGCUUGCCCUGUCGGCUAACCUCAUCGACGGAAUCAUGUAUGAAGAUGAUGUGGAGAGCAUGGUGAAGGCGGGGUUCAAGAAGCAGACGGCAGACGCGGAGAACGAUGCCACCGCUGGAGAGAAAAUCGAGUUGCUCAAGACUUCGGUCGAUGAAUCUGAGGACAACGUCCUGUCCACCUUCGCCGAUUCAGAGGAAAGCAAGUACACGCGGGUCUCCAUGCGCGACUACAUCGAAAAGAUGCGGAAAGACAGGGCAUCCGAGGGCGUGCUCGAUACCAACAUGCUCCCCGAUUCUGCGAAGGGUGCCAAGAAUCCUGCUCCCAAGAAUGUGGCUCUUGUCAACGCAAACGGGGCGAUCACGAGGUUCGCAGACCCUGGUGUAGGCCCGGGCUCGACUGAACAAGCCACCAGCAGCGCACUUUGCAAGCGCCUCCAAGAAGUCAUCGAUGACCCUUCCAUUGGCGCCGUUGUGCUGAGGGUGGAUUCGCCAGGUGGCUCUGCAGUUGCGAGCGACUCAAUCGCCGCUGCAGUUCGUCGCGUCAGACUGGCAGGAAAGCCGGUGGUUUGUUCUAUGGGAGAUCUCGCUGCUAGCGGAGGUUACAUGAUAGCAGCUGCAUGCGACACGAUUGUGGCACAGCCGACCACGAUCACGGGGUCAAUCGGUGUCAUCGCGGCUAAAUUGUCCGUCCAGAGGUUGCUGAAAGCCUGGGGCAUCCAAGUCGACAGCAUCGAGCUAUCGGAGAAUCACCUCGCAUUUUCUCCUCUCCAGGAGUUCAGCCCUCAACAGCGAAGCUUGAUGGAGAAGCGGGUGGGGGAGAUCUACGAAGAUUUCGUGGGUGGCGUCGCGGCUGGCCGAAACAUGUCCGUCGACGAGGUUCUUAAGGUGGCGAAAGGGAGGGUGUGGACGGGGCGACAAGCGCUUGACAGAGGCCUGGUCGACGAGCUUGGAGGCCUCAACAUUGCCAUUGCCAUCGCCAAGAAAGCAGGGGGUCUCCCGGAGGAUGCGCGCGUAGUCGAGGCGGAGCGGAGGUCGCUUGUCCAGGCCGCCACAGUAUUUAUUUCGGGGGGAGGAGACUCCGUGACCGAGUCGACCGGUGGCGUGCGCAGCGCGAUCUUCGCUCUGGCGUAUGCAAUCGUCGGCGUGGACGCAAUGGAAGCGUUAUUUUCUACAUUAUCACUCCUCGCAUCGGCCAACGAUCUUGCUAAGGGGAAGAUGCCGAACGAGAGGGUCAGGGCCGGCCAAGGCGACCUCGAGAUAGAUGUGGAGGCCGUGUUUGAAUAGUUAAGAACGGGAAGUUAUUUUUUUCGUGUUCUUUUCCGUGUUCGUUUUGGUGCGGACUUCCACGUAACCACGUUGCCCCAUUCCUAUAGCAGCAACCAUGUCACCAACUAGCCCAGCAUGAGAACGUAGAAAUAGUUUGGGCAACCUUGGGGGAGUGGGGUGGUUCUCGUUUGUGUUGCAGUGCGGGAGAAUGGUGCCUGGUUCUUUUUGGUUGAUCGCAUUCUAUUUGUAGCUUUGUCGUGUAGCAGACGGAUUGAAACCGCAUGGACCGAUGGUAUGUGUUUCACAGUCUAACCGUUUGUCUUAUCCCACUACAGUAUUUCACUGUUUCCAUAGUGAGAUCGGACUUUGUGUUUCGUGCAGAGCAUAUUUUGAAAUGGGAUGAAGAACAACUUUGGCAGUACGAACCCUGUUUGUGUGAUCAUGACCGGGUCCUUAAGGGGGGGAAGAAGACCAAUUUUGUUGUUGACGAAUUUUGAAAACAAACGCAAGAGGUCCAG